AUGUGCUGCCGGCUGAGAGGGGGAGGCAGCCUCGAUCUGAGGACCCCGGCGCCGCGGCCACGCCCAUCGCCGCCAGCCCAGCUCGCCAAUUGGCCAACCGGCCUCCGGUGCGCUCAACCAAUCACAAAGGGCGAUGGAGAGCGGGGGCGGAAGAACGAACCCGGGGGGAAGAGAGCGACGCUGGGAGGAACGGGCCGUUCCUUGCGCGCUCCGCUGGCUUUGCGGGGAGUAGAGCUACACCUCGGUACCAUCCCGGCUCGGGGGACCGCCAGCAGCACCAGUCCCCGGCAGGGGAUCCCUGCCGCCUGUGGCCGGGCCUCCGGGCCUAGGUUGGGAGGAGUGAAGUGGGUGCCGGAGACGCCCCGGAAAGCGAAAGGGACGGUGGGUGGAGAAGGAGAGGCUCAUUGCACAAAUCUGAUUCAUCCCCUCAGACCAAGUGCUCGCAACAGGCCCCGCCCGAGUCCCACUCACGCACAAAGAAUUUCCCCUUUGAGCUACCAUGGCAUUGGCUGGUUACUCAUGCCACAGAUUCCUCGGGAUUGGCUGGGACUGCAAAUAAAACACUGUUUGCCCAUAAUCAAGUUGAUAAGCGACAACAUAAAUGCACACAGGUUCCUGUUCUUAGGAUAUAACAUGAAGCGUUCGCUUUCUUCUUUCCUCCUAACACUGUCUCUGUCCAAAAGAGAAAAUCUUAAAAGAAAAAAAAAGCCUAAAAUGGGUCUACUGAACUCUAAAAGCUCCAAGGUCAAGCAAGCUCAGAUUCUUCUCCUGGGACUUGAUUCAGCAGGGAAGUCUACUCUCCUUUAUAGACUUAAGCUUGCUCAUAGCAUUGUGACCAUCCCAACAAUAGGUUUCAAUGUGGAGAUGAUUGAGCUGGAAAAGAGUCUUUCGCUCACUGUCUGGGACAUUGGCGGACAGGAAAAAAUGAGAGCCGUUUGGGAUUAUUACUGUGAGAACACUGAUGGGCUGGUGUAUGUCGUGGACAGCACGGACAAAUGGCGACUGGAAGACUCCAGGAGAGAGUUUGAGCACAUUUUGAAGAAUGAACACAUUAAAAACGUGCCUGUUGUCCUAUUAGCCAACAAACAAGACAUGAACGGAGCUCUGACCGCUGAAGACAUCACCAGAAUAUUCAAAGUGAAGAAGCUUUGCAGUGACCGGAACUGGUAUGUGCAGCCCUGCUGUGCCAUUACGGGGGAAGGGCUGCCAGAGGGCUUCAGGAAAUUAACUGAAUUUGUGAAACGCCACCUGAAAUCUAGAGAAGACACUUUUGCAUUCUUCAAGCAGAACUGA